UUUAAAUAAAAAUACAAAACGAGAAGGAACGACAAUAGACCUGGUGUUGCUGGUAGCGGUGGUGGCUGGUGUGUUCUCCAUUUUCUCCUCUUGUCUCUCUCCUCUUCUGCUACUGCCAGUAGUCCCACCUUCUCUCUCCCCACCUGUUCUUCAUUUUCUGUUAAGGGUAUGGAUGGAGCGAGCGGGUAUUGGUCGUGCUUCUGAUUGUUUCAUUCUUUCUAUUUCUGGUCCGCAAUGUCUUAGUUAUUAUGAUCGCAAAUGAUUCAUGACGGUGGAAAUUAGGUUUACCGGUUCGAAUUCGGUUGGGGCUCUAUACUGAGGAUUUUGUACUGGGCAUGGUAGGGGAGGAGGAUGCCGCCGGUUCUCGGGGGCAGUGCCAGAUUUCCGGUAGCCGCAAAACGUUCUGGAGGUCUGCAUCCUGGUCUUCUAGGUCUAUGCCGCAGGCCACUACACAUUUUGACAAUGCCAAAGAUUGUGCAGAUCCACAUGGCACCGACAAGAACUCUGGGCAGUGCCGGCGGUUUCCUGUUCCUCUUACUCCGAGGUCUCAAAACAAUAGCAAGGCUCGGGCUUGCUUGCCCCCCUUACAGCCUUUGUCGAUUUCCCGCCGGAGCUUGGACGAGUGGCCAAAAGCUGGUUCGGAUGAUGUCGGAGAGUGGCCCCAACCUCCAACCCCAAGUGGUAGAGGAGAUUUAAAUAAGUCAGGGGACGGAUUGAGGCUCGACUUGCCCUCCUCGUUCCAGAAGAACCAGGAUCCAACCGGCACUCUUGUUAAGAAAGAUAGGAUUGCAUUCUUCGAUAAGGAAUGCUCCAAGGUUGCAGAUCAUAUCUAUCUUGGAGGAGAUGCAGUUGCUAGGAACAGGGAUAUUCUAAGGCAGAAUGGUAUCACCCAUGUUCUCAACUGCGUUGGUUUUGUUUGCCCUGAAUACUUCAAGUCAGACCUUGUGUACAAGACGUUGUGGUUGCAGGAUAGCCCGUCGGAGGACAUCACCAGUAUACUCUAUGACGUCUUUGAUUAUUUUGAGGAUGUGAGGGAACAAGGAGGGAGGGUUUUGGUCCACUGUUGCCAGGGAGUUUCUCGUUCCACAUCUUUGGUGAUUGCAUAUCUCAUGUGGAGGGAAGGGCAGAGCUUUGAUGAUGCCUUUCAGUAUGUGAAGGCAGCGAGGGGAAUUGCAAACCCUAAUAUGGGCUUCGCCUGUCAGCUGUUACAGUGUCAAAAGAGGGUCCACGCCAUUCCACUUAGCCCCAGCUCAGUACUGAGGAUGUACAGGAUGGCGCCACAUUCUUCAUACGAUCCUCUCCAUCUGGUCCCCAAAAUGUUGAAUGAUCCUUCUCCAUCUGCCUUGGAUUCUAGAGGGGCAUUUAUCAUACAUGUGCCGUCUGCUAUCUACGUCUGGAUUGGCAAAAAAUGUGAAACCAUCAUGGAAAGGGAUGCCAAGGGGGCGGCUUUUCAAGUUGUUCGCUAUGAGAGAGUGCAAGGUCCAAUAAUAACUGUUGUGGAAGGGGAAGAACCAUCAGACUUUUGGGAUGCCUUUUCCAAUCUACAGCCUUCAGUGAGCAAGUCGGAAAAUGUUGUCGAGGUUGAAUCAGCUGAGAAGAUUGUCUCAGGUGAGAGAAGAGUGGAUUCCUACAAUAUUGAUUUUGAGCUUUUCCAUAAGGCAAUAACUGGGGGUGUUGUUCCUCCAUUUUCAUCUUCUGGCUCUGGACAAGAAACCCACCUUCCUGCAAGGGAGAGCAACUGGAGUGUUUUAAGGCGCAAGUUUGCCUUUGCCAAUGUGAAAGAGUUUGUCUCGGCUUCCAAGGUACCUCUCUGUAGAGUCUAUUCUGAUUCCAUGUUGAUAGUAGACUGCAAUAGUUGUGUAAACAAUGUUCCGAACUUGUCUACUAACUCAUCAUCAUCAUCAUCAUCAUCAUCUUUUUCGCCUCCUUAUUUUUCCCCAAGUUCUAUCUCUUCUGAUUCAAGCGCUAGUUCUAAAUCUAGUUCAGAAUCACCUUCGCUAUCUCCUUCAACAUCUUCAUGUUCUCUUACACCAACACCUCCUUCCUCUGCCUUGUCUGACUUGUCACUCCUUCCAUUGCAGAAGUCUCCCUCACCUAACAGUCCCGAAGCCCCUGGAUUAGGUCAUGCUUCAAAACCUUGUUCUCAAACAGUUCCAUCAUCUAAGAAAUUUAUUAUGUCUCUUGCUGAACGGAGAGGUGGCUUGUCACCAUCUUUAAAAUUGCCAACCUCAACUGAUGGUACCUCACUUUCAUAUAGGAGAAUGAAAAAUGAUUCUUUAGCUUCUCUUGUAACUCAAAGAGACAACAAUGAGAAGGACAGCUCUUGUUUAUUAGGAAAAUUGAAAGAACAAGUUUUAGAAUCUGGUGAGGUGAUUGCAAUUAAAGAGGAAGAUGGGGUUCAAGGAGUCCAAUUUGAAUUGUGUUCAAGGGGAUUAUACAGUGAUGAUCCACACAGCAUGCAAGAAGCUUUGGUGAAAAUUUGUCAUGCGCAAGAAGUCUCAAAACACUCAACUGGAUUGAUGGAUGAUGGUUCAGAGUCUUGUGGUCAAGUGCAGCCCACAGUAUGCCGAUGGCCUGAUUUAGAAAGGGUAGCAGCAUUUGGUGCAUGCGAUCUGGAUUCAGAGGCUGUUUUUCUUUUCUUAGUUCCAACUCCAAGUACAGGUGUAGAAAAGCAUAAAUAUCUUCAAGAUAAGGUUAGGGUUCUAUAUUUGUGGAUAGGAAAAUCUUUUGAACAUGGUAAAAGACAGCUCCAGCUAGAUAACAGCAGAGAUGUAGGCGAUGUAGAAGAGAUUGACUGGCAUCAAGUUGGUUCAUACUUUCUUACUAAAAUGGGACUGCGGAAGGAUAUCCUGAUUAAGCAAGGAAAUCAAUUUUGAAGUGGUGAGGGGAACCGGGGUCAGAUUCUGGAUGGAUUUCUAGUGUGGAAACAAUAUGUUAGAGGAUGGAUUUCCCGAACUCUUUGCAGUUGCUGUUGAUAAAGGGGCAAAAGUGGCUGAAGGGGUGUGGCUUCAAAAUGGGGAGUAUGUUUGGAUCCCAUGGUUCAGAAGAGCUUUGAAUGAUUGGGAGAUUGAACCAUUUGGUAAACCACUCCAGAAGCUGUACAACAUGCAAACUGAUUUUAACUCAGAAAACAAGAAGGGUGUUGUCAAUGGAUAGCAAGGGCUAGAAGGGAAGGUGCUACAUUGGCAAUCGGGCUAUAGCUGGGAUGGGAGGGGUCUUUCGAGACUCAGAAGGGAAGGUGCUUGCUUUAUAUUCAGGACCUAUAACCAAUGGUGAUGCAGUGACAGCAGACUUGUAUAGUUUUCUUCAGGGUCUAAAAUUUGCUAAGCAGUUUGGGUUUCUUAACUUGGAAGUAGAAGGGGAUUCUCAAGUGGUUAUCUCAUGUACAAGGUAUAAUACCCAAAAUCCAUGGACAGGCAUACAGUCCGUGAAAUAGAAUCCCUAGCAAGGGGGGUGAAUGCCACUUUUAGACGGGUAAGAAGAACAGCAAAUGAGAUGGCAGAUACAUUGGUUAAAAAAGGGGCUACAAAACAACAGAUUUUUUGGGCAAAAAUCUAAAGUUUCUUCUGGUGGAGAACUUUCCAUCUUGAUGUAAUUCCUUCUAUAUGAUGCUUAAUAAAAUUUAUCUUUAUUGAUAAAAAAAUGGAUAGCAAGGGCCAGUUCACAGUAAAAUCCUUUUAUAAUCAGUUUGCUCAGGAGGAUGAGCAGAAUUUUCCUUUGUAUGUAAUCUGGAGCAAGCAUAUCCCUUCAAAGGUGGCUUUUUUUUUGUUUGGUCUGCCUACCUGAACAAUAUUCUUACAAAAGACAGCCUGAUUAGGAGGGGAGUGGUGAUUGAUUCACCUGAAUGUGUGUUAUGUAACAGUGUAGAAGAAUCAGGUGACAACUUGUUACUGCAUUGCAGUUUCACCUACAAAAUUUGGGUGAAAAAUUUCAGGAACUUUGCUAUCAAAAGUUGGUACCCAGCCUCAGUUGAAGUUUUUGUGAAAGGAAAGAAACCUAAGGCUAUUCCAAAGCAAAGGCUGUCAAGAGGAGGAAGUGUGGAAGAAAAUAGUGGGGAAGCUGUUAUCCUAUUCAUCAGCACAGUUAGCUGUAGAGAAUCUUUUUGUAACCACAAAUGGGAUAGUGGUCUAAUUUGUAUGUACUCUCCCAUUGUACAAGCCAACAGUUUUUGACUGUCUGAUGGGACUGAAGCGGACCCGGAAUCCUGGCUGGUGAUGGUUCAACUGUCCGGGUCAACAGCGGGUUGAAAACAUUGAUUCAGACCACUGGAACCAUUACCUCUGUUCAUCAAAUGAAACCUACCAUUAGGGUCCAUGGUCUCUGACACUGCUGAAGCCCCCUAACCUUACGCAAAACAAUCUCUCAUCAUCCAAUGCUCACUUCCACCUUCAUCCUAUCAAAGUUCAACCUGAACACCAUCGGAUACCUAAUGCACUUUUUCUAAUCAAGCCUAUACUGCUUGAUUUUCUUGACAUGAUGAUUGAAUACCAUCUUUCACUGCUUACCUUUUUGCCAGAUUCAACUGAACUUAUACAUGAUUUUAUAGUAAGAUCUGUUAAAAGUUUAAAAGUUUACAAUUUUAUAUAUUCUUAAAGUGUUAACACUCUAUACUCUGGCAGUAUACUUUGACAAGUCAUAGAAAUGAUUAAAGUUUGAACACCCAGUGCAUGAAAUAGCUUGGACAUUUAUUGGGAGCUUGCACCUGAACCCAGAGUUUUUAGUGAUAAAUUCUUUGAAGUUCAAAGUUUCAAACCAUGUUUAUACUGUACAAACAGAGUUAAGUAUGUUUAGCCACCUUAGUAGACCAGCUCUGACCUCUUAGACUUUGGGCUUGAUAUAAUUCUUAAUAAAUCAUUAUCAAUAAGAUAUUUUAAGGUUGUUGAAUAGAUGAGAGCUUUGGCACUUAAGGAGACUCUAAUAUAUAAAUUACAGCUGUGGAUAAAAUAGGCAUGUUUUUAUGUAUUUCAUUUCCUGUACAAAUUCUAUGUAUCUUCUUCUUGCCUUGAAUUGUUAUAUAAAUGAUCACUCUGGCUGAAUGGGCAUGUUUCAUGUAUUGGCAUUUUUUGCCCAUUCUGUGCUUCUUAUCUAUCCUCGAUGUAUAAAUUUUUUCUACCUGGUUUAGAUUGGUUAUUGUUUUGGAUUCAUGGGCAUUGUUGUAUGCUUAGUACCUUCCAUUUGCUGUUAGGUUAGCUGAGCCA